GUUCGCAUUGCAUUGUAGGUUAUUUCAAAUAUGGCGGACGACGAGGACGUUUGCCGGGUUAUGUCGUCUGAAAAUUUCGACGAGGUUUUAAAUCUUGUCUGGGGAACAAACGUGAAAGAGGAGAUAUUCGAAAGGUGGUCUCAAGGUUUUGUCUUUUCAACAGUGGAACCAAGUGCUCUUAUUCAGAAACAUGGAGGACCAUGUGCUAUCAUAGCUUCUGUCCAGGCUUUUAUUCUAAAGAAUAUCCUUUUUGUAGAGGAAACACCAGCUCCUGAUAACUGGAGACAAGUCGCAGAUGAGCAAGCUAGACAGUUGCUUGUUUGCUCUCUUUGUGAGAUGCUUAACAAUGUCAAAACUGAGAAAUUUACCCUGGUGUUUCUCAGGGAUCAUCUGGUCUUUACAUCAUGUAUGACAGCUGAAAGAACAGACACAAAAAGUGAGGAGUGUGCAUCAUCCAACAGUCCAGAUUCCAGUUCCCCUGAUUACCACAAAUCAGUCUGUGCUUCGGAGCUUACUUCAUUAUCUAGUGAUAAUUUUCAUUCAAAACUGUGUCAGGUUCAAUGUCAUGCUUUAGAAGAUGUCACUCAAGUUAUUAAAAAAAACAUAGCCAUGUUAGAAGGCCGCUUUGGUGUGCUGCUAUUUCUUUAUUCAGUGUUAUUAACAAAGGGUUUAGAAAGUAUCAGGUCUGAAAUGGAAGAUGUGGGUGAACCACUAGUGGAUGAGAGUUUUGGGCAUGGAAGUCAAACCCUCAUCAACCUUAUGCUGACUGGAUAUAGCGUAUCAAAUGUCUGGGACUCUUCAAGAACACUUUCAGGCCUGGAAUUAAGAGGUGUUCCUAAACAGUCUUCAAUAGGAUUUUUAACACUUUUAGAAGCUCAUCGAUACUGUGAGGUUGGGAACUUUUUGAAAUCUCCUAUGUAUCCAGUAUGGCUUCUUGCAAGUGAAACUCACCUUACAGUCUUCUUCUCCCAGGAACGAAGUCUAACUGGCUCAGAAAGUGAUAGAGAAAGAGGCUUGAGAGUUUUUAAAUCUCAUGACCAGCAAGACAAUGGUUUUAUUACGAGUGAUCAACUUGGAAGUGUCUUAGAGGAUCUUGAUCUUGUUUCUGAUCCUGAAUAUGUAUCCUUCAUGAAAGAACGCUUAGACCAAGAUUCUGUUGGGAUCAUUCUUCUACAUAAUUUCCUGACAGAGUUUUUCCCUGGAGAGGAUAUGCUAGCAGAUGAUGUUAAGCCAUUUAAAGCUUUUCAUUACAAUGGACUUGGAUUAAGAGAGGAAGAUGGCACCAAAAAGGUUAUGUAUACAGAAGGACUAGCUUCCAUUGAGCCAUCAGACUUCAGUCGAAUAGCAGAACAACAGAUUGUUUCUUGUCUGAAAACAAAGUGGCCAGGAGUGUGGCUCGAGUGGGAGGGAAAACAUGUGCCGUCAUUAAAUUAAAAAGGAUGGAAGUCCAGCGCAUAAGAUCUAUCCAUUAUAUUGAUUACUUUUUAUAAAUGAUGUAAGAGAUCCUAUAUGCCUCUCUUUGAGAAAGUUGGUGGGCAUAGAAAAAUGAGCUGUUCCUUCAGUCUUCGUUCUACAAGACCUGUCAUGUUGCCUCACCAGACAGUCAACAUGCUGUUUCAGUGGAAGAACACUCAGGCUUUUACUUAGCAUAACAUAAGCUCUACUUGGUCGCAGCUCUAUUUUCCUUUACAAGCUGUUACAGUGUUGGAAAGAAGCUUAGUGAGCUCAGUGGAAAACAAAUGCAUUACAACAGACAUUGGGCUGCAUAAGAGCAACCUGUAUGGUUAAAUGUUGCGAACUCUGAAUCUUUGUAACUUAAUAAAGUAUUGAAACAGACAAUCUUAAUCCUGCCACAUAUUUUUUAAAACAGAGGAGAAAAAAAUGUUUCAGGAAAGUGAAUUUCACCCAUGAAUUAAUUCCUAGACAUAUGAUUUAAAUUAAUUUUUUAACUGGUAUUCUUGUUAUGAAAUUUAUAAAUAAAUUAAUGGAAAGUAUUUGGAGAAAGUAU